GUUGCCUCAGUGAAUUUUACUAAACAUCCCUCGACUUUCAACUUCCCAUUCGGUCACGAUCAUCCUCAAUCAUCAUCAUACGCUACUAAACUGACUCGUCAAACAUUGGCGACUUGAUCGCGUGCCUGAUCCUUUGCGGGGAAAGAACCAUUUGCGAGCAAAAUUACGUCAGCGUAUACAACUGUUGUAGACUUAUUCAGAUUUGACGAAAGUCGAAAACAUGUCGCUGUUCGAACGAAGAAGCAGCAUGGAGACAUUACGAGACCACUGGAGCACGACUACACCAAAUGACCUGACCGCGAGAUCAUCUUCACCUACUGGUUCUGAGCGCCGCAAGUUGAGCUUCAAUCCUGUAGGCAGCUGGGCUCCCGAGGUUGCUCACGAGGUACCUAUUGCCGCUUUUGAGGUCAGCAAGAUCAAGGGAAUAGUACAAGUUGCUGUCGCUUGUGUUUACUGCCUUUUUGCUGCCGGUGUGGUCUUUGGAUAUGCUGCCAUCAAGCCAGUCUUGAUCGAACAAGGUGUUUAUGCUGAGAGAUGCACGCCAAAGGAGAUUGAGGAAGGUGUGUGGGUAUGCUACGAGCAAGAGUUGAGACUCAACUUGAUGUUCACCGUCGCCGCUGUCAGCACGAAUGUUUGCGCCUUGCCUGUUGGAACAAUUCUGGAUCGUUACGGUCCCAAGGUUGCUGGUAUCAUCGGCUGCUUUCUUCUUGCCAUUGGCUCAACCCUUCUGGCCUUCGCUUGGGAUGCUCGCGAAAGUGUCGAUCUCUGGAUACCUGGAUACUUCUUCCUCGCUCUGGGUGGACCUUUCAUCUUCAUUUCCAGCUUCCAGCUUUCAAACACUUUCCCGAAGCAUUCAGGCACAAUCUUGGCACUACUGACUGGGGCUUUUGAUACCAGCUCUGCCGUAUUCCUGGUAUAUCGCCUCAUCUUUCAAUCGACUGAUGGAAGUUUUACUACCAAGAAGUUCUUUUUGAUCUAUCUUGCCGUACCUGCAUUGAUCCUCGUCGCUCAGAUUUUCCUGAUGCCCUCCAACAGCUACAAGACUGUCGGCGAAUUGGUUCAGCAAGCCGAAGACCCGUCUGCAGACUCAGACUCGGAUCAUGAGAUCAGCGACGAACAACGUGCAUUGCUUCGUCAGGAGCGUCGCGAGUCUGUAGUUAGCGAGAUUACCGAGCUGCUAGGUAGCAAGGGUGCCGAGGAACAGCAGGCUCAACAGCAACAAGUCGAAGCCACGAGUGGCGUCUGGGGAGCUUUGCAUGGAAGACCUGCACUGAAGCAGAUCAUGACACCCUGGUUCAUUCUCAUCGCUCUAUUCACCAUCGUCCAGAUGACCAGGAUCAACUACUUUGUCGCCACUAUCCGAACCCAGUACUCUUACCUCGUUGGUCCUGGGCAAGCAGAGAACAUCAACGCUUUCUUCGAUAUUGCCCUUCCUCUUGGCGGUGUCGUCGCUGUACCAUUUAUCGGAUUGGUCCUCGAUCACACAAGCACAGUCUUCACUCUUGCUCUUCUAGUCACAAUUGCAACUGCCAUCGGUGUUCUUGGUGUCAUUCCCAACACUGCCUCUGCAUACGGCAACAUCAUUCUCUUUGUCAUCUACCGCCCUCUUUAUUACACAGCCGUUUCAGACUACUCUGCCAAAGUCUUUGGUUUUGCCACUUUUGGCAAAGUCUAUGGUCUCAUCAUCUGUCUCGCUGGUCUGUUCAAUUUCUCAGCUCAAGGGCUGGAUGCGCUGACCCAUCAUGCAUUCAAUAACAACCCUGUUCCUGUAAAUAUCAUCUUGUUGUCGACUGCAUUCGUUGUCGGUGUGCUGCUGGUUCUGUACGUCUGGUAUCAGUCCAGACAUAUCGAGAGAGAGGAGCUUGAAGAAGAGGCCGAAGAAGCUAGAGAGACUUUGAUGCCUGGUGCCGAUGUGGACAAUACGAUGAGGGAGCAUGGUCACCAGACAUAUGGCACAGCAUAAGUGUUUAGGCCAGUCUGUUAGUACAAAGGGAAACCAAGCAGCGCAAAAUCGGUGAUGGAAUUUGGAGAGAAAAGAAAAGAAAAGGAUAAAAAGAUAUUCUGAUACUCGGUUGUUAAUUUGUAUAUUUCAUCCCAUUCUUCAAAC